AUGCUCUGCGCCACCAGCCGCCUUCUAGCGGCCCGGACGGCGACGGCGCUCCCCGCGCAGCCCAGAGGCCGGGGCCCCGGGGCCCGCUGCCGGCGAAGGGAACUACAUUUCCCAGGGCACCCCGAGCUGCCCCUGGGUGACUUCUUGGCGGGGCGGCUCGCAAGAUCGAGCGUGUCGGCGGGCCGGAGGGCGAUCCUGAGGAGGGGCAGGAUGCCGCCGGCGGUGCGCAGAGGCCCGGCAGGGUCCGAGCUGCGUCCCCGGCGGGGCCGCUGUGGGCCCCAGGUUACUAGGGCUGUGGGGCCGGACGUGGCCGCCGAGCCUACAGCGCGGAGCCCCAAACGGCCUGCUCGGGGCUCGCGGCGUUUCGAGGCAGCCGGCCGGUGGACCCUGCUGGCACUGGUGACGCUGCUGGCCUUCGCCACCCGCUUCCACCGUCUGGACGAGCCGCCACACAUCUGUUGGGAUGAGACUCACUUUGGAAAAAUGGGAAGCUAUUAUAUCAACCGCACCUUUUUCUUUGAUGUGCACCCACCUCUGGGAAAGAUGCUGAUAGGUCUUGCUGGCUACCUGAGUGGGUAUGACGGGACUUUUUUGUUCCAGAAGCCUGGGGACAAAUAUGAGCAUCACAACUACAUGGGAAUGAGAGGAUUCUGUGCUUUCCUCGGUUCCUUGCUGGUUCCCUUUGCCUACCUCACUGUAUUGGAGCUGUCCAAGUCCCUCCCCGCAGCACUGCUCACCGCUGCCCUCCUCACCUUUGAUACAGGAUGCCUUACUCUGUCCCAGUAUAUCCUCCUUGACCCCAUCUUGAUGUUCUUCAUCAUGGCUGCCAUGCUGAGCAUGGUCAAGUACAACUCCUGUGCCGACAGGCCCUUCUCUGCCCCCUGGUGGUUCUGGCUCAGCCUGACUGGCAUUAAUCUGGCUGGUGCUUUAGGGGUCAAGUUUGUUGGCCUCUUUAUCAUCCUGCAAGUGGGGUGGAACACCAUUUCAGACCUUUGGCACCUGUUUGGAGACCUCAGUCUUUCAGUGGUGACUGUGGGGAAACACCUGACCGCUCGCAUCCUGUGCCUCAUAGUGUUGCCGCUGACUCUCUACACAGCCACUUACGCUGUUCACUUCAUGGUGCUGAACAAAAGUGGUCCUGGCGAUGGCUUCUUCAGUUCUGCCUUCCAGGCCCGGCUUUCAGGCAACAACCUUCACAAUGCUUCCAUCCCCGAACAUCUGGCCUAUGGCUCCGUGAUCACCGUGAAGAACGUGCGGAUGGCCAUGGGCUAUCUCCACUCCCACAGGCACCUCUACCCCGAAGGCAUUGGCGCCCGCCAGCAGCAGGUCACCACCUAUCUGCACAAGGACUACAACAACCUGUGGAUUAUCAAGAAACAUAACACAAACGCAGAUCCCCUGGACCCUUCAUUCCCAGUAGAGUUUGUAAGACAUGGAGACAUCAUUCGGCUAGAACACAAAGAGACUUCUCGGAACCUGCACAGUCACUAUCAUGAGGCCCCCCUGACCCGGAAGCACUAUCAGGUCACUGGCUAUGGCAUAAAUGGGACAGGAGACUCAAAUGAUUUCUGGCGGAUUGAGGUUGUAAACAGAAAAUUUGGAAACCGGAUCAAAGUGCUGAGAAGUCGCAUUCGCCUCAUCCAUCUGGUCACAGGUUGUGUCCUGGGCUCCUCGGGAAAGGUCUUGCCCAAGUGGGGCUGGGAACAGUUGGAAGUUACUUGCACCCCAUACCUAAAGGAAACCCUCAACUCUAUCUGGAAUGUGGAGGACCAUAUCAAUCCCAAAUUGCCAAACAUCAGCCUGGACGUGCUGCAGCCCACUUUUCCUGAGAUCUUGCUGGAGUCCCACAUGGUGAUGAUCCGGGGGAACAAUGGACUCAAACCUAAGGACAAUGAGUUCACAUCCAAACCCUGGCACUGGCCUAUCAACUAUCAGGGCCUGCGCUUCUCAGGGAUCAAUGACACAGACUUCCGUGUGUAUCUGCUCGGCAACCCGGUGGUUUGGUGGCUGAAUCUGUUGAGCAUUGCCCUCUACCUCCUCUUGGGGAGCAUCAUUGCUGUAGCCAUGCAGAGAGGGGCAUGCCUGCCUGCAGAGGUUGAAGGGCUGUCCCAGGUCCUGCUGCAAGGAGGCGGUCAGCUCCUGCUCGGCUGGAUGCUCCAUUACUUCCCAUUCUUCCUGAUGGGCCGGAUCCUCUACUUCCACCACUACUUCCCAGCCAUGCUCUUCUCCAGCAUGUUGACAGGGAUUCUGUGGGAUACUCUCCUGCGGCUCUGUGCCUGGAGUCUGGCCUCCUCUUCCCUGGCCAGGGGCAUAUAUGCGGUGGGACUCCUGAGCCUGCUCUUGGGAACUGCCUAUAGCUUCUACCUCUUCCACCCUCUGGCUUAUGGGAUGGUCGGUCCCCUAGCCCAGGACCCACGAAGUCCCAUGGCAGGACUAAGGUGGCUUGAAUCAUGGGACUUUUGAGGCUACUGCUACUCCAGCCUGAAUCCAGGAACUUUCUGGGGACAGCCAGCUGUGCAGCCAGUCCCUGGACCCUCCCAGCUGUGGGCAAAGCUGCCCGAGGAGCCCGAGGAAUUCUGCUGCCUGCCAGGACCAAGCUCUGGGAGCAUACCUGGAAUUUAGCCCAACACUAGGGAGAGCUGCAGCACUGUCUGCAGAGAUCCCACCUCUGGGAAUGGCUCAGCAAGAGGACAUCUCUCAGGCCCGUUUCCCCAAGUGUGCAACAUAAGGAAGGAUGAGUGUGUGAGAGAGUGGGCGUGAGUGUGUGGGAGUGGGAGGGUUCAUUGGUCCAUACACCUGUUGAAUAUAGACCGUGACUGUGGACAGCUGAGUCUCAUAAACCGUAAGAAAUAGUCCAGGGCUAUAGUAGUAUUUUCUGGU